CUCUAUCACCACUGCUUCAUGACAGACGGGGAGGGGGAAGCGAAGAACUGUAAGCCCCGGAUCCAUCUUCAAGAGAAAAUUGGAAAGAGAGACCGCGUCCCAGUUUUACUUAUUUUUAGCGGCAUCUUUCCGUGCGAUCCGUGUUAGGGAGCCCGUGGAGGGGGCUGUGUCACUGUCUGUAGGAUGUCCCGACAUGAAGGUGUGAGCUGCGACGCGUGUUUAAAAGGGAACUUCAGGGGGCGGCGCUACAAGUGUUUAAUCUGCUACGACUACGACCUGUGUGCGUCGUGCUACGAGACGGGAGCCACCACCACCAGACACACCACCGAACAUCCCAUGCAGUGCAUACUAACCAGGGUAGACUUUGACCUGUACUAUGGCGGGGAGGCCUUCUCAGUAGAACAGCCCCAGUCCUUCACGUGUCCUUACUGUGGCAAGAUGGGCUACACAGAGACCUCCCUACAGGAGCACGUCACCUCGGAGCACGCCGAGACCUCCACAGAGGUGAUCUGCCCCAUCUGCGCUGCCUUGCCCGGAGGCGACCCCAAUCAUGUGACCGACGACUUCGCCGCUCACCUCACACUUGAACACAGAGCACCUAGAGAUUUAGACGAGAACAGCGGCGUGCGGCACGUGCGUCGGAUGUUCCACCCGGGCCGUGGUCUGGGGGGGCCGCGGGCCCGCCGCACCAACAUGCACUUUACCAGCAGCUCCAGCGGGGGGCUCUCCUCCUCACAGAGCUCCUCCUACUCUCCAAGCAAUAGGGAAGCCAUGGACCCCAUCGCAGAGUUGUUGUCUCAGCUGUCGGGCGUGCGUCGCUCUGCGGGCGGCCAGUUGAACUCGUCGGGUCCGUCUGCGUCUCAGCUGCAGCAGCUGCAGAUGCAGCUCCAGCUGGAGAGGCAGCAGGCGCAGGCGGCGCGCCAGCAGCUGGAGACGGCCCGCAACGCCACGCGCCGCGGCAACCCCGCCAACAUGGCCGCCACCGGCAGCGGAGGGGGAGGCGGAGGAGGAGGCGGGGGAGGAGGGGCAGCGGCAGCCAUACCACCCAACGCCUCCAACUCGGCCAACAACCCCUCCAGUAUGCCCGACAGCAACGCCCUGGCACAGCACAGCUCCCAGUUCCUGCUCACACGGUUGAACGAGCCCAAGAUGUCCGAGUCGGAGCGGCAGGCGCUGGAGAGCGAGCGCGCCGACCGCAGCCUGUUUGUGCAGGAGCUGCUGCUGUCGACGCUGAUGCGGGACGAGAGCUCCUCUUCGGACGAGGAGGAGCGGCGGGACUUCGGCGACUUCGGGGCCAUGGGCUGCGUGGACAUCACGCCGCUGGACGUGGCGCUGGAGAGCCUGAACCUGAAGAGCGAGGGCUCCCCCUGUGGCCGCGGAGGAGGCAGCGCAGGCAGCGGCGUGGGCGGAGUAGGCAAGGAGCCGCCGCCACGCCCCCCUCCUCUUUGAUGACGCACCCCCACUACCGCAACUUCAGCAAGCGCAACGCAGACUGUGUCCUCUGUGCUGUAACUGCCAAUGAUGACGAUAGUGGCGGCGUACAACAACAACUACAACAACAACACAUCAACACCGAUAAGAUAACGACAACAAACGGAAGAAAAAUGACAAAAAAAAAGAAACACGCGGCCGUUUCUCCCCCGAAGUUUUGUUUGCUUUUUAAUUUGUUUCCUUUUUUUGUUUUUGUUUUGUUUUGUUUUUCUUCUCGGGUUCGUUUUUUUUUGUUUUUGUUUUUCCCUGUUCUCUCUCUCUCUCGGUUUUCGCGGUGAUUGUAAUUUCUGGUCUGUCACCUUUGUUACAUUGUAUAAAUCCAUAGUGAAGAGAGUGAGUGAGUGUGUGUUUGUGUGUGUGUGUAUGUGUGUAUUGGGAAGGGGGGAACGGGGGAUUAUAAAACACAUCAACAAAAGGAAAAAAAAGACAGACAAAGUAAAGCGAGAACAAGGGGGUGCGUGCGUGUGAACGAGAGCGAGAGAGACGAGAAGAGAAAAAAGCUGCAGAAUGAAAGCGAGAGCGAAAGAUGAGAAAAUAAAUAUAUAAAUAUAUAUAUAAAAAUAUAUAUAUAAUAAUAAGUUGAUAAUCAAUUCCACAUAACUAAUUUUUUUGUUUCCUUUAGCAGGUGAGCGUAGGUAGCCGCGGCAGACUCCUCUGCUCUGUGUCCUAUGCUCAUGCAAACAAAACUCUCCUUAUAAAUAUCUCACAUUCAAAAACUGAAGAGGAAAAAAAAACAACCCAGAGACCUUCUCUCAUGAAGCUGCUGUGUGUAUUUAUGGCUAUUAAUGAAUAAAAAGUGCUUGGAUGGUUUACCAUAACUUUACUGCAUGAGGUUCUUUGCAGCGUGCAUGAUUUUUUUUAAUGACGUGGGUCAUUAAAAAAAGGACAAAAAUAUCCCAAAGCUUUCUUUAAACGUUGUUUUUGAAGGGUUACUUGAACAGAAUUUGAGUGAAAUAUUUUAGACUUAAAAAGAGUUUCUUUUUUUUUGUUUUGGUUCUAUGGUUUGUUAAUGGUUCCUCUUUCUUUUUCUUUUUUGUUUGUUUUUUUGUUUAGUUUGCUUUUAAAGGAUACACUGAUUGGGUUUGAAUCUGCAGCAGCUCCUCAUCAGCGAUCCAAUGCAAUGUCUUUGUGUCCCUCGUCCCCAAACGUCACUUCUCCCUCCCGUUGCCAUGCCACCCGACCGCAACCUAUGGCCUUACAACGGGGGCGGAACUUCUACUCUCAUUGGUCAAUAUAUAACCAGUUCAGCAAAAACAAAAAAGAUAAAUACAAAAAGGAAAAAAAAAUAGUAACAGUAAACCUAAACACACCUGAUCUUCUUUCGAAAUCAAGCUAGCAAUGUAGAGAGCCGUUUUUUUUUCUACUUGCCUGAGGACUUUAAAAAAAGAGACACCUUAUAAACUUGAAUCAGCAAAAAAGAAAACAAAAUCAAACUUUGUUAUUUUUCCUCCUAGUUAUGUCGAUGUUUUGGUGACAAACGGUGUUUUGAGGAUAAACCAGAUGUAGACUUGUACCAUUAUGCAGGCAGCGUUCUUCAAGCUCAAAGCUGUUCUCUCAUCAUCUCUAAUGUGCAAAGCAAGGUCCCCACGACUUCAACAGUUCAGACAAACCCCCCACCCCCCACCCCCCUUCAUACACACUUCAGCCGUGUUCGUCAGUGCAGUGCAGAUACACACUACCCCAUCAAACAUGAACACACCUCACCUUGACAUCACAGGAUCCCUUAAUAGCCUUGUACACCUCAGCUUGACCACACAGCAUCCCUUAGCAGCCUUGUACACCUCAGCUUGUACACAUCACCUCCUAGAUUGGUCCGGGCCAUCUCAGAAUCCCCUCCCCUCCCAGCCCAUCUCGGCUCACUGCACCGCACCAAACUCCAGCUGGCCUAGCCCAGCUCACCUUAUAGAACCCUACCCCAGCAGGGCCUUCCUCGGCCCACCACACAGAACCUCCAUCUGGACCCGUUCACUUGAUAAGCCCCACCCACCCACCCAACUCACCUCAUGAAGUGCCCACCUGCCCCCCGCCGCCUUGACUGACCCCACCCGCGCAGAGGGUGCGUUCCAAUAUGCAACCUUGCGUACUCCACUUGUGCUUGUGGCCUCGUACCAGGAAGUAAUAUGCCGUCAUGAUAUCACUGACAACAGCAUUAUAUUUCAAUAUCUCACAAAAGCUCAAUUGUUAAGUCAUUUUCUCAUUUUCAAACAGGAUGGUAAAUGGAGAAUAGUCCCCCAAAAAUUGUUUUGGCUAGGCUGACAGCAAGGAAACUUAACUGUUUUCUCCACAGAGGCGGGACAUCAGCAAAACGCGAGGCCUCAAUCCCAAGAGGAGGACGCAAGGUCGCAUAUUGGAAUGCACCCACAGAUCAACCCAACUCUCAUCACAGACCCUGUUAGUGCCCCACCAACCACCACAAGGCAGACUGUUUCUCAGCUUCAGACCACCAUUCAGACGGCUUAUCAGCUUUUCUCCUGACCGGCCUCCACCACCACUUGUACUCAGACCGCCCUCCUGGCUCCCCCCAGUGUCUGUGUCCAGUGAUGUAGGGGUGUGACUGAGACUAUCUACACAGCAGGCUCCCACCCCCCCUCUCUCAGAAGAAACGCUCUAAUUUACUUUGCUUAAGAUGGCACCUUCUAUUUAUUCAGAUUUUUUUUUUUUUGUUUAAAGCAAAAGUCUCAUUUUGGUUUUUAUUUCUUUUCUUUCCCCCUCUCUUUUUUGUUUUUGUUUUGUUUCCUUUUUUUUGUUUGGUCUCACUCUUGAUUCUUUUUAAAGCCUUGAUGUGGAUCAUGCCACCUCCAUGCCUAUACACGUAUCCUCUAUGUAAAAUACAAUGAGAUGUAUAUUGAAUUUGUGCGUUUAACUUUCAUAAUGGUUCCAGGACAUGGGCAGACUUUCUUUUUUAAUGUUAAUUUAGAAUACUACAAUAAAAACUGCGCACAGCUUUUGAUGAAAACGAA